CUGUGAAGAAAUGUCUUUGGCGUCAAUAAUAUGCAAAAAUUUAACUAGGGAAGAAUCUGAAAAAAAAUCCUCUGGAUAUAAAAUAGAUAUAAUUUUUUGCGUUGAUGAUGUAGAAUAUUUUAGUGCAGAAACAUAUGUUGAUGAAGAUCCUCAAAAUUCAAAACCAAUCUCAUAUAAACACAAAUUAUUUAAAGAAAUGAAGGAUCAGCUGGACAGACUUCUAAAAAAGUUAGAAUUUACAAAAGAAUCGAUCAAAGAGGUAAAAAAUACUUUGUAUAUGGAAUGUCGUAUAGAGGCCUCAAUGGCAAGAUACACUACCUGA